AUGCCGGAAGUGCCUUGGAGAACGAUUUGGUCGUGUCAUCUUACAGAGGAAAUUGCACCUGAUAAGAGAACGCCUGAGAGUGGAGAUUUUGUGGCUGACAGCCACGGUCACUUUGGUCGUAUUUACACGCCGACGGGCGUUAUGGGAGUGGAGCCACACUUCUGGAGGAUGCGAGGUCUUCUUGUCACGGAUCCUGAAAAGAAAUAUUAUCCCCGUGCGAUGAUUUCUGUUGCUCAUGAUUGCAAUCCGGAUGAAAACAGAGACAAUACCGUAAUUCGCGGCGAAAUUAUUAGUGCUGUCAACGUGAUGCAGUGGAGGGUACGUCUAAGCAUCUUUGAGCAUGAAGAGAUAUUUCCGGUCUGUUUACUCUUUUCCGAACCAUUCAUCAUCAUGCGCCCUCAAAUCCCUCAUAAGAGACUCGGAACUAACCAUCAGGAAUAG